GCUGCCGCUGGGUCUACGGGGAUCAUCAGGAGUCAGCGAGGGAAAAAAGAAAGAAAUCUUAUUCGCUUUGAACAGCUCUGCCGAGCUCGUGCAGCGUGGAGGUCGAGCCGCUGCAUGCGCGCAAGGAGGCGGACAGUGGGGUAUAAACGACCAUAGAUGAGAUGUCUGAGGACUGGGAACACGGUGGAUUUUUGAGACCAUUUGGAGAGCUGUGCUUUUAGAAAAUAUAAAUAACUGGGAAUACAAGCAAGUCACAAGAGUACACGGACAGCCACAGAGCACACAGGAGCAGGAUGAGCGUGUUUUCUGCGGGGAGUGCGGGGCUUUGAGUGGGACAUGGCGAACGGAGGGGACCAGUUCGGCCUUGCGGAGCGCCCGGACAUGGAUUCUCCAAAAGAGAGCAAACAGGAAACUCCCAGCUUCACUUUAAACUCUGCUUCUUCACCACAAACAGCGUCCAGCCAGCAGGUAGCAGCCUGUGCUGAUGACCAUGAUGGGAUGGAGGCAAUCAAAGUUGUCCUUCAUGACAGGGAACUUUGGACCAAGUUCGAUGAAGUUGGAACUGAAAUGAUCAUCACUAAAGCUGGGAGGAGGAUGUUCCCCAGCUACAAAGUCAAAGUUACAGGACUCAACCCGAAGACCAAGUACAUCCUCCUAAUGGACAUCGUGCCCGGUGAUGACCAUCGCUACAAAUUCGCAGAUAACAAAUGGUCGAUAACGGGUAAAGCGGAGCCCGCGAUGCCCGGCAGGCUUUAUGUUCACCCAGAUUCUCCCGCUACUGGAGCCCACUGGAGCCGUCAGCUCGUUUCUUUUCAGAAGCUCAAACUCACCAACAACCACCUGGACCCGUUUGGACACGUCUUUCACCAUCCCCUUCACUAUAUCUUCCCUGUGCAGAUCAUACUUAACUCCAUGCACAAAUACCAGCCUCGUCUACACAUUGUCAAAGCGGAUGAAAACAACGGCUUUGGAUCAAAAAACACAGCUUUCUGCACCCACGUCUUCUCUGAAACUGCAUUCAUUGCUGUGACGUCCUAUCAGAACCACAAGAUUACACAGCUGAAGAUAGAGAAUAAUCCUUUUGCUAAGGGCUUCAGAGGCAGUGACGACAAUGAACUACACCGCAUGGCCAAGCUUCAAGGUAAGGAUUACCCUGUGGUGCCUCGCAGCACUGUCCGUCAAAGAGCUUGCUCCACUGGAAGUACCUUCAGUGUGGACAGUCGGGGUCUGCGGGGGUCCCCUGAGGCUGUCAGGUCCCCUUACAGCUGUGAGAAUGGCUUGAAAAGUGGCAGUCCUCACGAGCUGCUGAGUGCUCCACCUGCACACUACACCCACCCUCAUCCACACCUGCAGCCUGGUCAGCACCCACAGGUCUAUCACUGCACCAAGAGGAAAGUGGAGGAGAAUUGCGCUUCAAGGAACCACCAGCAUCCAUACAAGAAACCCUUCACUGGUGGCUCACCAAGUGAAGGUGAACCUUACUUUCAUCCCUCCUCCUACCCACCUCCUCCACCUGGCUUAUGCAACAACCCUGCCCUCAGUCUCACUGACUCCCCUUACAGUUCAGACAUGGGACAGCGUCAGGCGUGCAUGUAUGCCGGCUCAGAGUCCAGAAUGGAUGAACUCAACUGUGCAUCCUGGUCAUACGCCUGCCCACUCCCCACUCCCAUGACCCCCAUGGAACCUUACCCACCUUAUACCACUCAUCCUCCCUACAGCUCUAGCCCUCAGGGCUCUCGGCUCAGCGCUAUAGCUCAUCCGAGCUCUCCACCACUGGGAGAGCACAUUGCCCACGAUCCCUACCAGAGCCAGAGCUCUGGACCUCAAUCUCAAAACUCUCAAAGUAUUCACAGCAGGCAGCUCAGCUCUCCUUUGAAAGAGUACCCACGCUACAAUCUGUCACCGCCUCUUUACCACACAUUAGAAACGCACACACACCUUAGGAGUGGCGUCCCAGAAUGGAGCGCAGCCUCCUAACUGAACCACAGACAAACUUUACCUCUACAUAAAUUCAGUUCCCCCUCUUUCUGGUCUUCUAAGAGAUGCUGCACUGUGUACAGACUAAAUAUGAUGAUACUUUUGUAAAAUUAUUGUGACAAGUAGGAUCUUGUGCUGUGUGAAGAGAUUUCUUCUGUAUUUCAUGUAUUUCCUCUGUGCUGAAAGGAGCAGUAGAUUGUUAGAACUAGCCCUGGACAUGGAUAAUGCACUAGAUGGACAGAAAAAUUAAGCUCCUUCCAGGCAAUACAAUGAACAUCAAAGUUGUAUUUUAUCUUCUUUGCGAAACUCAGUGACUGGUGUCAUCCAAAUGUUUGCACUGUGAGCCCUUUUAAGGCCAGACCAUUAACAAUGCUAGGCAGUUUUCCUCUCAAUGUGUCCCAUUUUAUGCAUUGUGAAGGAUGUAAAUUGUGACCACUGUCAGACAGGCAGUAACAUUUACUGGCCAAAAUUAUCUCAGCUCUCCCAACAGAACCUGAGGGAGGCUUUUUUCUGUAGUGGAGCAAAGCACAGCUCCAUACUCAUAGUCUCAGUGAAGGAGAAAAGGCAUGGUUUGUCUAAAUGUGUGUGUAUGUGUGUAUGCAAAACCUAUGUCAGCUUAGUUCAGCUCAAGGAUGCUUUGAGUUAAAUUCCAAUGAGACAGGCAGUGGUAGCUGCAGGCAUUGCACCAUAGAGAUAAACAGUUUGUUUAGACCUCGCUACAGGCAGAAGGACCUGUAAACAGUAUUUCUACUGCAUUCUGGGUAACUACACAAUUCAGCCUCACACAGCUGUCAUUGCUGUCCUCUCUGUCACCCCCAUCUGACCAAUCAGCUUAUUCUGUUCUAUGAGAGGUGGCCAAUGAAGAUGCAGCUCUCUUUUAUGCCUAACUGACCAGUUAAAGCUGGAGUGUUUUCUGUGUGUGUUUGUUGGCCCAUUUUGUUUGUUUGUGAAUUAUUCAUGAGUCCCGUGUUGAUUCCUGACAUGUGAGAAUUGCUCAGCAAAAGAAACGUCAUGCUGUGAAUGUUAUAAUGUUGACGCACCAACUCUUAUUGAUCUCUUUAUUUAAAAAAUCGAAGCGGUCUCUGACAGACGUGCGCAGCAUUAUUUCAUUAAUUGUUUUGAUUACAUUUUAUUAACCCUUUAUUGGGCACUCAUUGAAAUGCUUAGAAAUUUAAAUUUCCAACCAUAAGAGUGUUAUUAUGAUACUGGAGGAUAUUACAAGACUUAACACUUAGAUACAUUUCUCUAAAAUAAGAAAAGUUAUACAGUAGUAAGUGGUCAGAAUGAAACUGUUUUAUUGAUUUAUUAUGCUGACAGAUCUCAGUGAAGUAACUUGGAUGUAGCCUGAUUUUUCAUGAUUGGUGUGGAGAACUCAGUGUGCAGUGUGGUUCUAUGAUUUCAUGGACUAGCAUGCAAAGGCAUUUUGUGUGUACAAAUAUGGUCAUUUGGCCAAUAAAGGGUUAAGUAUACUUCCCUUAUAGCUGUAAUCAAAUAUUCUGUGAACAUUUUUUUGU